CGCAGGUAUGUUCAAUAUAAACGGUUAUGUUUGAACAUGUCUACACAUUUAUAGGAAAUAAUUCUUCAGACGGGAAGUAAACUCAUUUUUCCAAAUAAUUGUAAGAAUUAUAUCGAUUUUAAUUAUGAGAGCAUAUGAAAUUUCAUUUUUUUGGGAAGUGAAAUUAGGCACACGUUUUAAUGCUAUCACAUUUAUUCAUUUCCGUCAAGAAAUAUUUUUCUUCGGGAAUCUAUUUAGUUAUUUACUGCUUUUCGUCAUAUUCUUAGCUUCUAUUGAACUAACCAAAAACUGCAUUUGUCACUGGUAAUGAAAGAUAGUACGUGUUAAUGUUCCACAUAAUUCAUGACUAACGCAGAGCUAGGAUAUAACAACAAUAUUAGUAGUGUGACAAUAUAAUGUCUUUCGUUUUAGUGGCUAUGAAAACGUGGCGAUUUAAAACAUUUAUUAUAAUAAAACUUUUACUAGCGCUCAGUAUUCCUGUCUUGGGUUACUAUCUAGCAGAUAAUCUUAGCAGACUGAAGUUCGUCACGAUGGACAGUUGGAGCUGCAAACUGCUGCUGAAUAGAUAUCAACAUGUAAAUGUUCGUGACAGCUUGUUGAGAAAAGUAGUAAAUUUAUGUUCCAGAGAAGGUACUAGCUGUAUUGACAAUCGAUUUAAGAUUAAUUAUUUGAAACGAAAUUUGUGGACUUUUAACUGUACUCAAACAUGGGAAUAUUUGAGGGCCCCGAGACCACUUGUAGCUCUAGCCAGCUACCAAGGGUCAGGGAAUACUUGGACGAGAGAACUUAUAGAAACAGCCACAGGAUUACACAGUGGAAGUGUCUACAAAGACUGGAAUUUCGUUGGUUCAAAGUUGUGCCCAGCGCGUGGAAAGGUUUUUAUAAUAAAAACGCAUUCUAGAAGUAAUGCAACCGGCCACCCGGACUGUCUUAAGAUGGGCGUGUUGCAGUUAAACUACUCAAAGGCAAUUUAUAUUCUCCGUAAUCCUUACCAUACGCUGCUUGCUGAGUUUAAUCGAAAGAAUGCACAGAAACCACCUCACAAGACAUUUUUCAACAGGGGAGAAGGUGUUGCUCCUUCAAGGGUGUUCAAAAAUGGAAAGUGGAACAAGUAUUUAAAGUAUCGCGCCAAUACCUGGGGACAUAAGGCUGCCUUCUGGCUAGCGAAAUUUGACAGACCAGUACACGUGCUUGUAUAUGAAAGACUGAAGGAAAAUACAGUAUCAGAAGUUUAUAAUUUGAUGAAAUUCCUUAACAUCAGUGUGACUUUCAAUUCUUUAUAUUGUCUUUCAAGCAACACGACUGGAAAUUAUCACAGAGUUAAACCAAAGUGGAUGACAAUAGAAAAACUGUAUAGUAAAAAAAUGCGUAAAAUGGUCAAUACAGUAAUAAAAGACGUCAACGCGAAAGUAGGUUUGAGAAGGAAUGUAACGGAUGUAUUAAAUUCCUAUCUUUUAAAGGAUGACUAAAGUAUUCUAACUGCUAUGACGUUUUAUACAUUUAAUUGUGACAUGUGUUUCAUUGGUACAUCAUAGGAGCCAUUUUCAUAAAAGUAUGUGUUUAAUCAUUUUACCCUGAUAUCUUUCGAAAUAAAUUGCAAGAUGUGACAAAGUUUUCAAUAACGAACAAUAAUAAAUAGUGAAAUAGU